GUAUUUUUUUCUUUUUUGCAUCAAAUGAUGAAUAAUUAGUGAUAAUAAUAGAUUGUUUUUAUUAUAACCUCUCGUGUUAAUGCCGCAAAACAUUCUUAAUUUUCCUAAACUAUUUCUGGAUUUUGUGUUACAUCCUGAUUUUCUUCUUUGUAUUCAGACGGUGGUGGUUAUUUGGUUCUAGGUGGCUGUUAUUUAGAAUCAUUGUUUUUUUUUCUUUUUCUUUGAAUAUGAGUUAAGCCAAUGCAUUUUUGGCAGGAACUAUAAGAAAAGUGAUUUGAGAAACUUGACUUUGCUUGACUUUUCUGUUAUUUUUUUUUAAGUUAUUUUUUUUUGUUCUUUCUAAACUUUUCAUGAUUUUUAAAAUUGAAUCACAAUUACAUACUGUUAUGGGACAUCGUUUUGAAAUGAUCAAAAACAGUUUUUCGAAAGAGACAACAAAAAGCCAGAUCCUAGAGAUUCUCUGUCCCAACCAGAAAUCGUUAACUACAUUCACUUCCAACAGGCCUCUCUCCUUCCCUUUGACACUUUUUAUUCUUUCUCUUCCUUUCCCUUUCUUUCUUAACUUGUUUUCUUCUUUGGAUAUUAACAUACAAGAACGCACCUGCAUUGUUUUACCUACCACGCAAAAUAGAAACAGUGUGGUUUAAUAUUGGUGUCCAUUGCUAGUUUGUGUUAGUUUCUGCUUCAUUUCUCCCAAUUUAAUGGUUCAAUUUUAUAUCGAAUUUGUAUCAAAAGAGAAAAUCGAAGCCAAUUAUUUUGUUGGACAAAACUAGCAGUUUCUUAGGUGUUUUGAUGUUGUUCUCCAAGUAGAAUUAAGUUUCACCUCGAGAACUUGCGCAGACAAUCGAUGUGAAACUUCAAUUCUAAUUAAAACACGUAAGAAUUGUAUCAAAGAUUUCUCCUUUUUGAUCAGUUCGAGUUCUGUUUCCAGUCCAUCCUGAAUGUUUGCUCAAAUUUCAGCUGCAUAGGAUUAAUAGUUUUACGAUGUUGUGAAAUUUUAUGGAGUGCAUUUUUUUCAAGCUGGAGCCAUAGAGAAAUUAAAUCAUUGUACGCACGCACAUAACAUUUUUUUAAAAACAUAAAAAUAACAUUAUUUGGAGGUAAACAAAAAAGGUUAAAAGUUAGUCUGUGCUCCCUGCCUAAAUUUAUGGGUUAUCAAUCUCAGUCAAUAAAUGAGAGAUCAGAGAGAGAUAAAAAGACAGGCAAGUCCAACUCCAAGACCUUAAGAGUCAAUGAGAAACAGGUAAACCAGGUAAUAGACAGUUAGGCAUAAAGUGUUUUGAGCUGCAAAAUCUCAUCCACAUCCUAUUAAAAGAAAGACACAAUUCACCAUUUUCUUGACUUGUUGGGUCAAUAAAUGCCAACCCUCCACCUAGAACAUUAUUGGGGGACAUUUGUAAGUAGAGGAUAUUCACAUACAUGUCCCGUGUUUAUGGACACAGCUCGUAAGAAAUCCUCUUAAUCUAACUUGUUAGCCAUACCCCAUUCUCAGAAUUAUUUGAUAUGACAUGCUUUGGACAGGGCAGAAAACAUUUAGCUUUUCUCAUUCUGAAAGGAGAUGAUGUGGGUCAUCAUGAGUCAUCAAAUUAUUUAAGUCUGCAUAUGUUCACAGCCCUCAGCUACAAUAGGUGAUAUGCUAAGCGAUCUGUAAAUCUGAUUGUCAAAUGUAGUGAGUGAUGAGAAUGGAGAAGCCACCAAUCCACGGUGCAGCAGCAUCAGAUUGCAAACCACUAACCACCUUUGUUCAGACAAACUCAGAUGCAUUCAGGGAAGUAGUACAACGUUUAACAGGUCCCUCAGAAGCAAGUGCAGCAAAAGAAGGAGAUGCAACAAAGGUUGCAACUGUGAAAAGGAACACAUCAAAACUUCAUGAGAGAAAAAAAUACAUGAAGCCAAAACUUGAGAUUGUUAAACCCACUUUUAAUUAUAGAACAGGUGCAAGUUUUCCUCCAAGCCCUGGAUCAGGGAGUUCAAGCCUUCUUCCAAGCCCCACCACCCCUUCAACACUGUUCUCUCAGUUGAAAAUUAAUUUGGAAGAUGAAAAGAAAGAAGAGUCAGUGAACACAGCAGAAGAAGAAGAGGAGAAAGCAAUCAAAGAGAGGAGAUUUUAUUUGCAUCCAUCACCAAGGGCUAAACCAGGUUAUACUGAGCCAGAGUUGCUUAAUUUGUUUCCUCUGGCAUCUCGUAAUGCAAGUGAGAAAGUAUAAUUUUGACCAUCUGUGACAUGCUACUCUGUUAUGUUCAGCAUGAUUAUCAUAUACCAAUGUAUGGGAGGCAAUAGUACUUCGAGUAAGUGAAAAUAUGUAAUAUAUGCCUCCUUCUAUUUAUUUAUUACCAAUUUGUAAUACAUGCUAUUUUGAGGAGAGUUACUUAAGUACUAUCUUCACUUCAA